GGAUUUUCAAGAUACCUCAUUGUGUAUACUGAAUGAAGUGAGUAAGGACAGAUCAGCAAUGGGUCUCUGUAUAGUCAAUCUAUUCCUCCAACUCAAUAAAUUUGAGGAGUUAGCUCACAGACUGAUUACAGCUGAAGUUACCUCCACCAGUGAUCCUAAUACAUUGUUUCGUGGUAAUUCUGUGGCCAGUAAAGUGAUUGAUGAGUUCAUGAAAGUUGUUGGACAAACUUAUCUACACAGGACACUACAGCCUUGUAUUGAUGAGAUUUUUGAAGUGAAGAGAUCGUGUGAAAUUGAUCAGUCGAAAUUAUCUGAAGGAGAAAAUAUUGACCUUAACAUGACUAAUUUAUUAUUUUUUGUUGAGAAGCUCAUGAGUGCCAUUACUAGUUCUGCCCGUUCCUGUCCUUCAGUUAUGAAGAGAAUAUUUCAUUUAUUACGAACUCUAUCAGUCAAACAAUUCCCUGAGUUUGAAGAUGAAGUUCGAUUCACAUCGAUAAGUGGGUUUAUCUUCUUAAGGUUUUUUGCUCCGGCCAUUUUGAAUCCAAAGCUGUUUGGACUACGACCCGAGAAUCCAGUCAGUACAUGUACACACUGCAAUAAAAUACAUGUACUGUGUAGCAGCUGGUGGAAUUUGGAAGGGAAGAAAGUUUAGUGAUU